AUGUCGCAUUUUGGGAGGAACGGCCCUCCGGACAUCAGGGACACCUAUUCGCUUCUCGUUCUUAACAUCACAUUCCGUAAGCAGCGCUGGCUCCUGUCUAGGGUUCCCGCUCGUUUCUGCCUGAUCACGAUUUCGAAUCUCUGAUUCUAUUUGCUUGUUCUUCUAAUGCCACAGGGACAACGGCGGACGAUCUUUUCCCUCUUUUCGAUAGAUAUGGAAAAGUUGUAGAUAUCUUCAUACCAAGGGACCGCAGGUACUAUCAGGGAGGGAGAGGCUACAAUCCAUCAUCUUGAUGCUGUUGCUGUUGCUGUUGCUGCUGCUGCUGCUGCUGCUGCUUCCGUUCUUCUGUUCGCGAGUUUGUGUUUGUACGCUUAAAUAGCAAUGUCGAUGGCGUGCAGGACUGGCGAAUCAAGAGGUUUUGCCUUUGUGCGUUACAAGUACGCGGACGAGGCUCAAAGGGCGGUAGAGAAACUUGAUGGCAAGUUCUCACUCGUGGUAUAUAUCAGGGUUUUUCCUUCGCAGCACCUAUAAUUUUUCGGCAUUCGAUUUUCCUGAUUUUAGGGAGGACCGUGGAUGGCCGGGAUAUUAUGGUCCAGUUCGCGAAGUAUGGGCCUAAUGCUGAACCCAUGUAAGCUACCUGUUUUUUUUCAUGUCUGUUCUGUUUUUUAGCCCCGAUAGGUUUUUCUUGAGACGAUUUUUGAUGCUCGCCAUGUUUAUUCUUGAAUAUCCCCUCAGCACUUAACUACGUGAGUGGAAUGUAUCGGUUUGAGUGGCUUUUAUGAACAGCACACGCUAAUUUUCAUGUAGUAACUACGCUGAACGGAGAAUUUCUUCUUUGUAUAUUUUCUCAUGUCUAAAGUGGAGACUUUUCAUUUAGUAUCUUAAAUUCAACGGAUCGAAAAAUUUGUGUAUACUUCUGCAUAUUUUGACUGUCAACGUGCAUGGUUUUUUCCUCUGUGAUUUGGGAUCCUGCGCUCUGUUUUGAAGUAUGAAGCUUUCCAUCGGUCAUUACCAAUUAAAGGUGCUUGAUAGUGAUCUCAGAUCCCUUUAUCAAAUUAUAGCCAAACUAGAUCGACACCAGUUAAUGUGCAUAAUUGGUAUUAAGCUCAAUCGUGACCUUAGAAUCACUGCUUGGAUAAAUUGUGGCUCCUUCCUCCCUUUAGAGUUUUAUUUUAUUUUAUCCAUUUGUAUCAAAUUAAUACACGGCACUUUAUCACCAUUGUCUAUGUGGUUUUCCAGCAUAUUUAUCCGCUGGUAGUAUCUCUCGCUACAAUGACUUGAUUUUCUUCAGUAUUCUUUUUUGCCUGGAUUUGACAAUUUAUUUUUGUCAUAUUCCUCUUCAUGUUUUUUAUAUCCUUUACCUGCAUUGGUUACAUUUUUCCUGAUGUCAACACUAAUGCAUAUGCCUUAUUUCUGAUAAAUGGGUAUGUAAUCUUUGUAUUCUCGUUGCUAUUUGUCUAAUGUUAUACCUUUUCAAUGCUUCAACACCCAUGUAUUCAUUUUAUUUAAUUUUAUUUAACCCUCUUUUCAUCUCUAUAUUUCUCCUAGAUUGAUCAGAGAUGUCUUGACUUAGGGCCAUCAUAAGGUUAUUGACUUGACGCUUGUAUUUUGUAUGUUAUCUCCAUUCUCGUUGCGAUGGUCAUUUUUCAUAUGUUCUAUUCAUAUAUUCGUAAUUAGUGAUCUAUGUGCAUUCAUUUUGGCAUGCUUUUCUAAAUUGUAAUUGACUUUUCAGCCGUAAAGGAAGAAUUGUUGAGGCUUUACCCCGAUCAGGGGGGAGAUCUAGAAGUCGCAGCCCUAGGCCAAGGUAAGACCUUCAGCUUUACUUCAAAUGGUAUCAGCUUGUUGCAAUAGAAUAACACAUUAUCGUUGUGUUUUAAACAUUUGUAUGGUCAUCUCCAUGUGUAGUUUAUUUUACGAAGUAUAAACAAGGAAGGGUAUAUUUUGAUUUCCUAAUCUUAUUUUCAGGUACCGGGAUGACUACAGGGAUAGAGAUUACAGAAGGCGAAGCCGAAGUGGUAGUUUGGGUAGGUAUGAUCGUGACAGAUAUGAGAGAGACAGAGAUCAUCGUUACCGAAGUAGGAGCAGGAGUUUGAGUCCUGACCACAGAGACAGAGAUUAUCGUCGUCGAAGCAGGAGCCGAAGCUUGAGUGCAGAUUAUGAGAAAGGUCGUACUCAACGAAAAGAUGAUCAUAGAAGCAGAAGCCGAAGCUUGAGUGCAGGUUAUGAGAAAGGUCGUACUCAACGAAAAUCUGAUCAUAGAAGCAGGAGCCGUUCAAUUGACAGGUUGAUAACAAUUUUCUAUCAUCAUUGAACAGGUCUUUUUGAUCACUUUCAUUCAGCGGGUCAUAUUUAAGUUUCUUGUCAUGUUUCUUUUGAAUACAGCGCAUCACCUGCUCGACGCAGUCCUCGCAGGAGCCAAUCUCCACACAGGAGCCGAUCUCCACGGAGGAGUCCUCGAGAUGACCGAUCUGAUAGGCGUAGUGGUGAACGGUCUCCAGAUCACAGCGUUUCUCCAAGGAGCCCAUCCCCUCGUGUUUCAGAUCAGGUGCUAAAUGCACUGACAAUGUUCUUUGGUUCCUGUGUUGAUACCUUGAUUUCCCUUCUUAACUUCACGUUAUUCUUUCAGGAUAAUUGA